AUGCUGGCACGCCGAGGGCGCGCUUGCACGCGCCGUAGCUGCUUAUGGCGCGCGAUGAAUGACCAGUUGCGUCCUUCGACUGCUCCACACAGCGCGGAAUUCCACGUGUUGCGCACAGGAAGCUCCAACUCGAAUCUGUGGCCGACACUCUUGACGUCAAACCGCUCAACGCUGACGUCACCGUCUUCUCCUCUUGGUGCGCGGUUCCUGUCUCAGAACCUCAUCGACCCAAACUACGAGGAAGGCAUCGAUGAUGAGGCUAAAGCGGGCGACAUCAAGGAGGCCAAACCUCGAGAGCGUAGGGAACCGCGGGACACGCGUCUCAUUUCGCUGGAACGCCUCGAAGAUGAGUACAUGAUGCGCCUCACGGAGGCGCUGGAGACGUCAGACGGCUCGGCCGCGUGGCGUACAGCGCUGGAAAUUUUCCACGAGAUCCAACACGCCGGUGGACGUGGCCUGGCACUCGAAGUGGCCUCCUUCCUUGUGGAAGUACUAGGUGCCAGGAGACGAGUGCAGGACUGCAUGCGCGUGCUCGCCUACGCGCGGGAGCAGGGCGUUCGCCCACGUAUCCAGUCUUACUCGAGUGCUAUCAGCUGCUGUUACAAGGAGGAAGAGUACGGCCAUGCGUUGCGUGUGUUCGAGGUUAUGCGGAACGACGGGUACGUCCCCCAAACCGUGACGUACUCUCACGCGCUGUCGUCUGCACUCAAGGCCGGUCAACAUGAACUGGUGCUUGAGAUAUUCGACGACAUGAUUAAGAACCGCUUGGACCUAAACAUCAUCAUCUACAACAACAUCCUUAACAGUUGUGCGCGAGCCUCUGACGUGCAGAGCGCGGUGGGCGUCCUCCGUGCCAUUCGUCAGCGUCGCCUCGAGAUGACGCAGGCCACGUAUCAUUCGCUUGCUAUUUGCGCCGGCAAGACGGGCAAGUGGGAACUGGCCCUGGAUGCCAUGGACACUAUGGAGCAGAACGGCUUCGAGCCCACACAGACCAUCUUCAACUCGGUCUUCUCCGCCUGCGCGAAGGGCAAGCAGUGGGACACGGUAGUGGAAGUGUAUGAACAAAUGUCUGACGAACACCGUGAAAAUCUGCGCGGCGUGUACCUUGGUGCAGUAAUUAUGGGCCACGCCAAGUCGGAGAAAGACGAGAUCAAGCUUCAUGGACUGGAGAUUUUUUACAAACACAAGGCGCAUCGACCCAAGGAGGAACAUCUCAACUUGUUCUCCUACAACGCUGCUCUUAUCGCCCUUCUAGAGACCAACCAACUGGAAAAAUUGCAUCCUCUAGCCAACGAAAUGAAGCAGCAGGGAAUGAACUGGGAUACCGUGACGUACCAAAGCCUCAUUCUGUCCUAUAUUCGCGGAGGAGCCGUGGAGACGGCGGUGCAAAUGCUACAGAAGAAUGCUAAGCGUAUGGGCAAGACCACCAUGUGCUAUCGUGAAGCCAUCAAUUUCUACAACGAGAAACGCAAGAACCCGCGCGAGGCCGUGCGUCUGACCAUGCAGAUGAUGCAGAUGAACAAGCCUGCCCGAGCGCGCGCCCUACUGGAAUUUCCGCAAGUGGAUGGACGUUCGCGCCAAGAGUAUCAUAAACGACGUACCGCCGCACCUCAUGCUGCCAAAACACUCGGACCAGCCGCGUUCGCUCCUGCAAGAAGAUCCGUCAACUAA